UGUAAUAUCCGCCGAGAGUCUCCACACAUCUCUCAAACUUUUCUGCGCCCGGAGCGACGAUGACAGCGCUCGCAUUUUCCGCGGCUCUGUCGAGAAUCUCUGGUCCCAGCGAACGGACAAGCUCCAUCUGAACCAUCGCGGGGAAUCGGGCUGAAAGAGACACGUAGGCGGGAGACUCGAGGCAGAAUGCGGCCGCUGUUCGUGGUGCUGAAACCGCUGUGUUUUCUCGCCCUGCUCGGCUACUGCCCUUCCGCGACCAUCAGACCAAAGGAAGGCUGGCAGGUUUACAGUUCAGCACAGGAUGCCGACGGUCGCUGCAUCUGUACGGUUGUGGCACCAGAACAGAGCCUGUGCUCCAGAGAUGCAAAGAGCAAGCAGCUCCGCCAGUUGCUGGAGAAGAUUCAGAACAUGUCGCAGUCAAUCGAAGUGCUGAACCUGAGGACCCAGAGGGAUUUCCAGUAUGUCAUGAAAAUGGAGAGCCAGAUGAAAGGACUCCGAUCAAAGUUCAGACAAAUCGAGUCCAACCGAAGAACAUUAUUGACUAAAAACUUUCAGGAGCUGAAGGGGAAGAUGAAUGAGUUGCAGCCGCUGAUUCCGGUUUUGGAGCAGUAUAAAACUGAUGCCUCACUCAUUUCCCAGUUCAAGGAGGAGCUCAGGAAUCUCUCUGUGGUGCUGAUGGCCAUUCAGGAGGAGAUCGGAGCGUAUGAUUAUGAGGAGCUCCAGCAAAGGGUCCUUGGCUUGGAGGGAAGACUGAGGAACUGCAUGAACAAACUUACAUGUGGUAAGCUGAUGAAAAUCACUGGGCCUAUCACUGUGAAGACAUCAGGAACGAGGUUUGGAGCAUGGAUGACAGAUCCUCAGGCUUCACCGAAGAAUAACAAGGUUUGGUACAUGGACAGCUAUACCAACAACAAGAUUGUCCGUGAGUACAAAUCAGUCAGCGACUUCGUAGCAGGAGUCGAGUCCAAAACCUACAACCUCCCGUUCCACUGGGCAGGAACCAAUCAUGUGGUCUACAAUGGCUCGCUGUACUACAACAAAUACCAGAGCAACAUCAUUGUCAGAUACAGCUUUGAAAGUGGCCGGGUCACGACUCAGAGAGCCCUGGAGUCUGCAGGAUUCCACAAUGUCUAUCCAUACACCUGGGGCGGAUUCUCUGACAUUGACCUGAUGGCUGACGAGCUCGGUUUAUGGGCCAUCUAUGCCACCAAUCAGAAUGCAGGGAAUAUAGUGAUCAGCCGACUGGAUCCUCAGACUAUCCAGGUUCUGAACUCCUGGAACACAGAAUACUCCAAACGCAAUGCAGGCGAGUCCUUCAUGAUCUGCGGCACACUCUAUAUCACCAACUCACACCUGACCGGAGCCAAGGUUUACUACUCUUACUCCACCAAAACAUCCACCUAUGAGUACAUGGACAUCCCUAUUCAUAACCAGUACUUUCACAUGUCCAUGCUGGAUUACAAUGCCAGGGAUCGUGCACUUUACGGAUGGAACAACGGCCACCAGGUACUGUUCAAUGUCACGCUUUUCCACAUUAUUAAAACUGACGAUGAAUCCUGAGAGACGUAGCCUGAGGUGAGAGGAAAUCUAUCUACAGUUACACUAUUUAAUUACUGUGGUAUUGCUUUGAAAUAAUGGGAUUUUUAUGUUACAAUCAAGAGAUGAGUUUAGUUGGAGGUUCUCUGGGGGCCUCUGGAAAUGUCAUUUGUCAAACAUUUGUGAUUAAAUUCAAAAUCAGACUUGGAUAUUGACAUUUAUGAACUUUUAAGACUCUAUUUAAAUGUUGUUUGUGAAACUUUCAAUGUGUGACAGUGAUGUUCAGCUGUAAUACUUGAUUUAACAAAGAAUGUAACUUAAUACUUAAUACUAAAAACUAUAUUUAAAACUAGAAAAAAUCAUUACACACAUACUGAUCUGUCAGACUCCAUCACUUUGUUUUGGUUUGUCAAAUAUUCAUGGAAUUAAAGGGAUAGUUAAAUCAAAAGUGUAAAUUUGCUGAUCGUUUACUCCAACAUGAAGGUGACCUUUUUCUUUGGGGGAAUAUUAAAGGGCCAUAAAACCCCCACUGUCUCACCAGGGUGUUCUUGUGUGAAAAGUCAGGCAAGUGGCUGGGUCCAGCUUUGUUUAGGUGGGAGUGGCGAAAGAGGAAAGGGUUUAUAUGAAAAGCAGAGUUUUAUUACGUGCACAUGCUGAUUUUCACAGUGGCAACACAAACACUGACGCAGGGGAGAUAGACAGGGAUUUGGAGAGUAGCAUUUACUCUUUGGAUCUGAGAGCUGUGAAGAAGUUGAGGAUUUUCAAUCCAUAAUAUUGUAGUUAUAGUAACAUUCUGUAAACUUAGUAACUAAAUUAUUUUGACUAAGUUAUGUCUUUUAUAACUGAAAGAGUAUUGCUGACAAUACUAACUAACUUUGCCAUCUGAAUAAACAUAAACAAAGAAUACACACUUGCCAAAUCCAUAGAAACGGGACAAUUAACACAAACUGGAAUUGCAUCUUUUUUUUAAAGAAAAUGAGUGGCAAAUCCAGAUUUCACCAUUUCCAGAUUUUAAAAGCUCUUGGGUGAAAAAUAUUCCUUACAAACAUACAAGCGAGCAGCUGUCACGAUGAGGUAUUACAAAAACAAGGAGUAGAUCCAAAUGCAGCAUAAUAUAGUUUAAUAUAUUAAGUAAACAAAGAAGAUCCAAAUAACAGGCAAGGUACAAAAACUGACAAAACAAACGCAAGUGCAAAAACUAAAAGCACUGAAUCAAACUAAAUCUUAACAGGGAUCCAAAAACAUCGAGACGGUACUAAAAGUGAACAAACAAACCGAACCUAACAUGAGGAACUGGAGAGCAAAACAGGGGAGAGCAAAACAGGACAAAGCAAAACAGGACAGAGCAAAGCAAAAUCCAAAGGCAAACUAAACACAACAUGACAAGGCUUAUAAAAGACAGAACCAAUUAGACAACAAGGAACAGCUGGAAACAAGGAGUGAUCAUGUGAGCAGGCAUACAGGAAAUGAAAACAACCAAAACAAGACUUAGUGCCCUUAAGAGUCCACAAGAGGGCACUGCAGCAGGUGUGACAGCAGCACUUUCAUCGUGGGGAAAUAGAAACAGAACCUUCGUUGUGGCACAUUUAUAAACAACCCAUGUCUCCGAACAACUCUUCUUCUUCUACUUGUUUUAAUUACGGUUGGCAACACGUGAUGUCUCUCUGAACACUGUAACUGGUAAAAGGAGUACAUCAUGCAUAUUAACUGGUUCGAAACAAGUCCUUCUGAUGAAUUAAUAAAAAGAUGUGCUGAAUACUCAAUGAUGUCAAUCAUGCCAAUCCCCACGCUGGAAUUUACACAAUGAUCUCAUUGCCUUUUCAAACUGGAAAAAUGAAUUUGCUUUAAACAACGCAAAAACAACCAAUUUUACCUUGUUAGCUAAAUAUAUG